UGGAGACAUGGGGCUUCGAGCUGUCAACAUUGCGGUGAUGUUUGUGGUAAGAUACCUUUAAGUGUCCAACAGAGGGAUGCCAAGGAAGAUAGGAUUCACUGUGGUCAGCUCUUCCAGUCAUGAGGACAACUUUAGUGCUAAGGAGCUCAUGGUGCAUGCACCUACAGUCAACGGCUGGAGAUCCAGCAGGCUGUGCUCCUACCCUCAGCACAUCACGCUCCAGCUGGUUGAAAGAAGUAGGGUAAGGAAGCUGCAGCUAUUGGCUCAUCAGUACAUGAUCUCAACCAAGGUUGAGUUCUAUAUUGGUGACACUCUUCCUGAAACGAGCUCUCCAGGGUUCCCCAGGCAGCUUCACAGACUUGGGUAUGUGUCUUUGUCGGACAAUGAGAAGACAGGCUUCAAAGCUCGGGAACUGAAGUCAGUCCAUGUAGAUGCCGUUGGAACAUAUCUGAGAAUAACCUUCCACAGAAACUAUGGCAACCGUUACAAUCACCAUAAUCAGGUUGGUUUGGUUGCCAUUAAUGUUCUGGGAGAUGCUUUGGAUGGCAAUGCUUUUAACACAAUACCAAGCAGAGAGCAGCUGAUCGAACACUACCUCAACAGUACCCAGCUGGAGGCUGCCUUGGAGUCGACCUUCAUGGGCAAAUGUGAAUCCAUUUCCCCCUUGGACGAUCUGGCCUUUGAUAUGUACCAGGACCCCGAAGUUGCCCACAUCAUUCGUCUCCUGGACCAAAAGAAACAAGAGAUGGUCCGGCAAGAGAAAUAUGAGGAAGCCAAGAAUUUAAAGCAGGCUAUUGCUGACCUUCAAAAGGUCGGGGAGCGUUUGGCUAGAUACGAUGUGGAGAAGCGAUGUGCGAUUGAAAAGGAAGACUAUGAUCUGGCCAAAAAGAAGAAGGAGCUGAUGGAGGAGUACAGGAAGAGUGUGUACCAGCAGCUGGAAGUACACAACCUGCUGGAUAUGACAAUGGUCACGAGGGCAGCAGAAUCAACCCUGGCCCAGUACUCUCCUCCUGUUCUGUCUUCUUCAGGUCGUUCUUCAGUCUAUACCAAGCCUCUUGUAUCCACAGACACAAUCAGCAAAGGGAAAAAUCCAGACAUUCAUAAAAACCAACAAUUAGCUGAAGAAUCUAUCACAUCCAACCUGAGCAGCCAACCUGACACACCUUGUACGCCUGCUGCUGUACUCAAAAUCGAUGUUACCAGUGUGCCUUACGACGAAAGGCCGCUGCCAGCCCUUCAGAGGAAAGAUCAGCCACUGGAGGCCACUCAGAGCCCUGCGGAGGAGCACUCCCCGAUAUCAGAAGUGCAAAGGACUCCACAGAGCACUGAAAUGAGUGGAGAACCAGAACCCCUGACAGAGAAGGUGCUGAGAGAGGCUGGUCUUUCAAUAGAGGUCUUUGGAGAAAGCCUGGUGGCGGGGGUAUAUUCUAAAACCUGGUGUUACAGAGUGGACGCCCUGCUUUCUGUGUAUAAGAAGCUUUUGGAGGUCUCUCCCACCACCCCCAAGGAAGAGCUGAGGAACAUGAUAAGAGCUGCUGUGUUCCUCGUCAAAAAAGCCCUCUUGGAUAAAGUCACAUCUGUUCUACAUGCCUCGCUGAAGCUGCUGCGGCUAAUGCUAAGCCAGCUGAUCCCAGGUGUAGGGCUGGGCCGAGCUGAGGUGACCCACUGCUUGGAGCAGACCUUUCCUAAUCUGCUUGCCAGGACCGGAGACUCCACUACUCGCGUUCGGGCCACAGUUUCUGCCUUCAUACAGGAAAUUGCUGUUCUGAAGGAUGUCAGGGCCCUGCAGAUGAUCCCUGGUGAGCUGGUGAAACCCUUCAAAUCCAACUUUCCCUCUCGCCUGGCUGAGAGUCGGGCUGAGCUACUCGAGAAACUGCUCAUUGAACUUGGUACAGAAAACUCUGGCUUCACCCUGGAAAAUGUUAUGACGUUCUGUACAGCGGCAUUGGCGCACAGCGCAUCAACAGUUCGAGAGCUAGCAGUGCGAAUCAUCUUAUCUGUAUACCAAAAGGAGAGAAGUGCCAUCCUAAUCUACCUUCCACCCAACGAUGCUGCAGUCCGAAAGAACUUCCUCUACAAAAACCUCUUUGAUGGCUUUGCCAAGAUUGACGGAAAGCUGGUAGAGACUCAGACUUUAAAGAAAGGUGGGGGUCAGCCGGACGGACAGAAGGAGAAGGAGGAGAUCCACUCUCUUCAGGAGCAGCUGGCUGCCUUAAAAGAGAUCACAGAGAGAGGCAAUGAAAGCACCAAAGGACAAAUAGCCAAACGAGAAGUUCACAAAGCUGAGAAAGAUUCCCAGAAAGCUGGCAAGGGAACUGUCACAAAAGGGUCCCAGAACAAGAGGAUGGAAAGUUGUAAUGUCCAACAAUCAAUCAACUGUCUGGACAACUUGUGUAUAUUCUGCGGUAAAAAAGACGAGUCUUUCACAGAAGACGGAUUGGACCUUCACUACUGGAAACAUUGUCCGAUGUUGCAGCGCUGCGACGAAUGUCGACAGGUAGUUGAAAUAGCCAGCCUUACGGAGCACCUACUGGGUGAAUGUGAAAACAGGUCCAAAUUCAGCCAGUGCCCACUCUGCUCAGAGGCUGUGGCCAGCGAGGACCUGGUUCACCACGCUCAGGGUCCUGGCUGCAAUCCCCCCGUUUUGGGUAAAAGCUCCAACCACUGUCCUCUGUGUCACAACAACUUCACGCCCGGAGAGGAGGCCUGGAAGGCUCACCUCAUGGGCAGAGAGGGCUGUAAACAAAACUCACGCAGGACUGCGGCAUCCCAAAGAACCCAGCCAGCACAAGGCAGAGCUUUCGGUGGAACCAAGCUAAAGCAGGUCAGGUCAUAUGGAGCCCGAGCCAGAGCCAGGCCCAUGGGCAGGGGCAGCCGAAUCCCAUCACUGGCUCCUUUAGCCAGAGGGUAUCCACCAGGGAAGCAUUAAAGCUGGUCUGAAGAAGCCCAGAGACGUCCCCUCACACUUCAACAGGAGAAAGCCAACAGUACCAGACGACCCCACCCACUCCAUUAUUUCCACAUUCGGGCACUUUUGAGACGCUUCAGAUGUAUUCACUGACAUAUGCAAUAUAUUUAAAGCCAUUAUUACUUUAUGAUUGAAGCCAUUAAUAUAUUUAAAGUCUUAUAAGAUCACAGAAUUACAACACGGUGUUUUACCCAUUGUUGAGACGAUGACGUAAAUUCUAAUCCUGUUAUGUGCGACAAAGUUCACACAGAACAGAAAAUGCUUUUCACUACACGUCAAGCCUCUAGCCUCUCACACACCUGUCAAGUAAACAUAGGCACACAGAGUGCUGUUUGCUGAAAUCCCCUUAUAGGAUUUGUUGGUUUUGAGGCUCUUUUUUUCACUGCCAUUUAGAGGAAUUGUACAGCUUUAACGGGUAGUCCCUCACUGUUGGACCGCACUUCCCAACUGUGACUUUGUGUGACUCACAAGAUGGAUUUUAAACAGAGUUUGUGUAAAGGUAAAGCAGCAGUGUACAGGGUGAUAGAACUUUAGGCUUGUGUUUUAGAAGUUGACCCCUCAUAAUGCAACCAGUGUAGUGAGGUUUUAUGAUUAGUUUCUGAGUGGUUAUCUGCAAUUUAUAAUUUAUACAUCCUUAAACUGCAGUACAAGCUCUCGCGUAUAAACGUGCUAUCGCAACGAUUUUCUCACACCUAAAAAACAAACAAACAAGUGUAGCAUGUAAACAUUUAUUUUAUCCUAACCUUCAAAUUGUAGAGUUUGAAGAGGCUUAUUGCCUUCAUCUAUGUAAAUGUGCUAGUGCAAGUUUGGACCUUUUAAGAUUUCAUCCUCUGAUCCAUGCACCUUGCAGAUAGCUAGCUGUCCCAUGGAACUAAAAUCAACAGUUUCUUGUGUAGAAUCGGACUACACCAGAUGAAUGGGUUGAGAAACUUCUAUGGGUAACCGUCGCAGUUUCAGUAAAAAUAUGUCUAAUUGCUACAUCCCUUCAGAAGACGAUGACUCAUACCUUCUUGCACACCCAGUAACAGGAGGCGGAACGAGAUCACAGUUUAGUUACAAGCAGAAGAUGUUCUUUGCUUUGAGGGAAGCUUUGCUGUCGACUUCACACUUAGCCAACUGUUUACAUAUUUGCUUUCCUUUUAUAAGAAUUCUAUAUAGAAAUAGCACUUUGCCAAAGGAUGAUGUUUUACUGCUGAAUUUCUAGCACACUGCAGUGACUUACUUCCCUCCACAAUGCCUACUGAUAGUAUGAAGUAGAAGUAAAAUGAGACAAAGUAGGUCUCUGAGUGAAACAGCACUGCUAGAAUGAGGAAAGAAGUGGACAUGAAUAUGCUACAUACUGUAUGUACACCACAUGGUUUUCCCUCCAGUGUUCAGAAUCACAUCACUGGCUUCAAACUGAUAGAAUCACAAGCUAAAAAGUUAAAUCCUACAUAUAACAUUAAGCCUGGUUUAUAAUUAUCUCUUCAGUUGUGCUCCUGUUGUGCUGCACAGUGUUAUGAUGACGACAAAGUGAUUGUGAUGUAUCUGGAAACGGUAAUAACGUUAAUGUGAGCGUAUGUUUUAUUAGUGGGGAAACAACUUGCUUUAGUAUGCUUCUGUACUGAGAGCUGCAGCAAAAGUAGAUGUAAAAGUUGUGUUCAUGCAUUUGUAGUCAACAGCAUUUUGACUUCUUUUUUUCUGCAGAUGUAUUUGUUAAAUAAAUCAUUAUUCAGGGAUUAUUGCACAUGUGCUUCCAUGUAAUCAAAAUUCCCCAUAAAAGUUACAUGUAAUACACGGCUCUGUUUAGGAGCCCCCUGUGUAUUAAAAAAAUGGGCAGUGUCCAACUUCCAGGAUUAUUGUUGAGCAAUAUAAAACACAUAUCAAUCAA